UCAAGCAUGGAACGUCUGUCACCCGGGUGUCAUGUGAGAGGAAUAAUGUCUAACACUUACUGAUUCGAAUGAAAGGUGGAAGUAUGGCGGACCAGCGCGAUUUGGUGCAUCUCAACCGCUUAAAGUGCUUCAACGACGCUGUUUUUGCCAUAGUAUCUACCAUUUUGAUUCUUCCCAUCCGUAGACUUGAAGAAAAAUCCAGGGAAGACCUUGAAACUCAGCUGGAGAAACGAUGGGUACAGCUUGUAGUGUAUUUCAUAUCGUUUCUUGUUAUUUGCUCUGUCUGGGAAUCCCAUGUGCACCGUUUUAAGAUUCUUGCCCAUGUAGACGAUGUGUUAGUGUGGCUCAACCUUACUUCUCUCAUGUUUACCUCGUUUUUACCGUUUGGGUGUGCACUGGAGGGCAGUUAUCCGACAAAAUACCUUCCUUUAGUGCUAAUUUGUGGUGACAUGUUACUUGUAGAACUUCUCGAAGUGGCCAUGAUUUACUAUUCCUUUCAUCAUGAUUACUUACUGAUAGGCGAGCUAAACGACCUAUCCAAAGAAGAACAGAAGGAAAGGAGAAAUUAUAUGUUGGCGAAGAAACUUCUUAAUCCAAUGCUGUAUAUUUUGGCUGGAUCUCUGAGUCUUUUCAAUUCCGUUACUUCAUGGGUUGUGAUUUCUAUUGUUAUAAUCACGCCAUGCAUCCAUCGUCUAAUUGGCUUAAUCUUUCGAAAAUGCAAGUUUGUUCGCGUGGCUGGAGCAGAUUUCGAUCUUAUGUUCGGUAACUACAUCGACACAGAGCGGGUAGAAUGUUUCAGUGAUGGAGUAUUCUCGAUUGUCGCAACGCUGCUGGUAUUGGACAUUACAACAGAGAGUUUCCCAUCUGCUACGGAUGUCACGCGAAAUGGAAUCGAUUUAACUGUACUGCAGAUGUGGCCGAAGUUCUUGGUGUAUGCUGAAAAUUUCAUUGUGAUUGCUCUCUUGUGGUUUAUCCAUCACUCUCUCUUCCACUGCAUCAAAAAAAUGAAUCAAUUCAUGUUGGUUUGCAACAACAUUUCCCUGGCUUUCGUUGGUUUCUUUCCCUGUAUGGUUGCCAUUUUGAACAAGUUUGCUGACGAGCCCAAGAAACCAGAUGACAACACAAGGCUUGCUGUGCAGUGUGGCUCAGUGGUCAUAUUUAUGACAAGUAUGUUUCAAGCUGCUGUAUUUGUCGCUGCACUGUGGAAAGGUCCAACCCAUCUGGAACCAAAGGUGAACCCAGCUGUCUCCAAAACAAGUCACUACCAUUUGACCUUAAAACUUGCCAUUUUACCUGUUAUUAGUCUUUCAGCAUACUACAUUGCAAUUACAGCAAGUGAUUUCAUAAUCUAUGUUGCUUACCAUGUUGCUGUAUUUGUAACUCCAUUUUUGUUCUUUGCACUUAAAUUCUUUUGGGGAGGUAGGGAAGUGGGUGUUUUGAGACACGAUGUUGCCAUGGAUCCUGACUUGGAAACCUGGGUCCCUCCCCCACACAGAAGCAGAUUGCGUCUCCAAAAGAAUUUUGUAGGAGACACCACCUUAUCACAGUCAUUAGCAUGCUGAGUAAAUGUCAUCCAGUUUCAGACUUAGGAUGGUCCAAAAUAGUUUUGCGAUGUUUUGGCUUUUACUGAAAAGAGGUAGAAGAGCCCAGAACACUUCAUCACAAUAGAAUGUGCUGCAGCUUAGAGUAACCUUGAAACAUGAAAAUGUGUGAUUUAGAAUUGUGCACACAAUAACUAGUUAUUUUUUAGGUGAAAAGCAGCUGAAAUGUGUAAAUAUUAGCUAACUCACAUGUAUGUUAACUUGGUAGUCUAGAAAUGCAAAAAUAUGGAAAUCUGAAAAUCUGAAAAUAAUGAGUCUUGAGCUACUCACAUUUAUCUUAACUUGGCAAUGUGGAAAUGAGUCUUAAGCCUACUCACAUUUUGUGUUAACUAAUGGUAAUGUUACUUUGUUCUUAUUAACCAAGUGGGAGGUCUAUAUGGAAGAAUCUUGACCGAGGUCUCCAGUAC